AUGGCUGCAGCCACCAUCGAAAUACCUUUUCUAUCCUCUCAUUAUGGGGUUCCGGAGUCGACCCUCACUACACUUACUCAGGCUCCGACGGUUGACCUGGUCAACCAACUUCUAGAAAGCAUUACCGCUAAGGCUCGGGAAUUCGAUGAACUGAAGUCCGACAAGCUCCGUCUUGACGUAGAGCUCGAGAAUGCCGUCCGCAGCAGCGAGUCUAAGAUCAAAGUUCUGAAGAGCUCGGUGGAGAAGGGUUUGAGUGAGAUAUCCGAUCUCCGCACGAGGCUACAGGAAUCAGAAAACCUCCGAGCGAAUCUCGAAUCUGAAAUCGCGACGCUCAAAUCGACCAGCACGUCAAAUGAGUCUGAAGUGAACAGUCUGAAGUCUCGUAUCUCAUCCCUCGAGGCAUCGAAUCGUGACACACUGGCCCUCUUGGAAUCCAAGUCGGCGGCGUAUGAUAAGCUUGCGGAGGAGCUUUCCGCCCAGCAUAAAAAGACGAUCGAAUUGAGACGCGAACUUUCAACCGCGGAACAGAAUCUCCAAGCGGCCAACUCUGCCUCUGCAAGCGCUCGUUUCCGAGAACAGAGUCUUCAACAGGAGCUUGAGCUGACAAAGAAGAACAAUGAAUGGUUCGAAAACGAGCUCAAGACGAAGUCUGCAGAAUACCUCAAAUUCCGCAAAGAGAAGAGCGCACGGAUUUCAGAACUUCAACGCGAAAUUGAAGAGGCCAACUCAACCAUCGAUUCUCUGAGACGGAAUGAGAACGCUCUCAAGAGCCGUCUGGACGAUGUUGAGCAGAAGUACGAAGAGUCACUUGCGACCAUCCAGCAACUCAAAGAGGAGGCCAUCCAGUCCGCCGAGUCCUUUAGAGUUGAACUGGAGAGUGCCAACCGCCUGGCCGAGCUACAAGGAUCUGCCGCAGAAACAGCGAAACAGCGCGUACAGGAGUGCCAACUCGCGUUGGAGAAGGCAAAGGAUGACGCGGCGGAGGAGAUUUCGAAGCUUCGUGUUGAACUUGAGACAGAGCGCUCUGACAAGGAAGCUGCUGAGCGCCGAGUUGCUGAGCUUGAGCUCACGGUCAGCCAGCUUGAAUCUGAAUCUGCUGCUAGGCACCCUUCGCCCAGCCCUGGACGCGGUCUGAAUGGCACUGGUCCCUCCACGCCACUUCGCCCAGGAACUCCUGUUGGCACAUUCUCUCCGCGGACAUCAAGGACGAAGGGUGGUCUCACGCUUACACAAAUGUACACCGAGUACGACAAGGUUCGAACGAUGCUUGCUGCUGAGCAGAAGAAGAACCAGGAGCUCAAAGCCACUCUGGAUGAAAUGGUUCAAGAUCUCGAAUCGAGCAAGCCUGAAAUUGACGAGCUACGGGCUGACCAUGCACGACUCGAGAACGCUGUUGUUGAUAUGUCAAACAUCUUGGAAACCGCUGGAAAGGAGAGGGACGAGGCUACUCGAGAAGCAAGAAAAUGGCGGGGCCAAGUUGAGGGCCUGACCAAGGAAGGAGAAAUUCUACGGCAACAACUCAGGGACUUGAGUGCACAAGUUAAGGUCUUGGUCCUUGAAGUUGCCCUUCUCAAAGAAGGAGAGCAGGAAUAUGACAGAGAGGAGCUGGAGAAGAUCGCCCGUGGUGAAAUCGAAGAGUCCAUGGCCGAACUCAGCGAAACUGGUCGCUUCAUUACCCGCAAUUUGACAACAUUCAAAGACCUCCAUGAACUUCAGGAACAAAACGUGACCCUUCGACGCAUGCUCCGAGAGCUGGGUGACAAGAUGGAAAGUGCGGAAGCAAGAGAAAGGGAUCUUGCUUACCAGCGAGACCAGGAAGAACUCAAGGAGCUGCGUAUUCGCGUAGAGACCUAUCGGGACGAGAUCGCGAAUCUCACGGCCCAGACCAAGAGCUAUGUGAAGGAGCGUGACACGUUCCGGAGCAUGCUUAUGCGAAGACGCCAGACUGCUGGUGACACUUCUGCGUUCUCACAGUCUGUCCCUCUUGGCUCGGCCCCUCCUGCUCUAGUGGAAGGUCAGCAGCCGUCAGAUGCUCCUGAUUAUGCCGAAUUACUCCGAAAGGUGCAGGCACACUUUGACACCUACCGCCAAGAAACAGCUACGGAUCAUGCUGCACUGAAGCAGCAGGUCAAUGAGUUGACGAGGAAGAACAGCGAACUCAUGAGUGAAGUGAGCCGGUCAAACAGCCAGCUGAGUGCCGCUGUUCAGCGAGCAGAGCUUCUCCAGACCAAUUUUAACAUGCUCAAGAAUGAAAACGCUGAGAUUCAGAAACGCUAUUCAGCGCUUCUGGAGAACGCCAACAGACAGGAUCUCAAGACUCAACAGGCCGCUGAAGACCUUGUCGAAGCCAAGGGACUCGUGGACAGUCUGCAGCGAGAGAAUGCCAACUUGAAAGCCGAAAAAGAUCUUUGGAAGAACAUUGAGAAAAGGUUGAUUGAGGACAACGAGUCUCUCAGAAACGAGCGCAGCAGAUUGGAUUCUCUCAACGCGAAUCUGCAGAACAUCCUCAACGAACGCGAGCACACUGAUGCUGAGAGUCGGCGUCGCUUGCAGCUCAACAUUGAGUCCCUAGAGGCGGAAUUGCAGUCAACAAAGCGGAAACUCAACGAAGAGAUUGAGGAAGCGAAGCGAACUGCAUUACGAAGGGAGUAUGAGCAUGAGCAGAAUCAGAAGCGAAUUGACGACUUGGUGGCGAGCCUGAGCUCUGUCCGUGAGGAGUUGAUCGCUACAAAGACAACACGAGAUCAUCUCCAAUCCAGGGUGGACGAGCUUACUGUUGAACUCCGAAGUGCCGAAGAACGACUUCAGGUUCUGCAAUCAAAACCCAGCGUGGCUCCUGCGCCUGCCGGGGCAGCCGAGGCUACUACUGAGGCUGGCGAGGCUGGCGGCCUAACCCGUGAGCAAGAACUGUCGAUUGAAAUCUCUGAACUGAAGCGCGAUCUGGAGCUAGCCAAGAGCGAAUUGGAACAUGCCAAGGAGCAAGUCGAGGACUACAAAGCGAUCAGUCAGGCAACUGAGGAGCGUCUGCAAUCCGUGACGGAAACGCAAGAGCAGUACCGUGAGGAGACCGAUCGACUUAUUGAAGAGAAGGACAAGAAGAUUCAAGAUCUCGAGAAGCGCAUCGAGGAAAUCACAGCUGAGUUAUCCGCAUCGAACAGUGAACUUUCAAGAUUGCGGGAUGAGCAAGGUGAUGUUACCCGCCGCUUUGAAGAGCAGAAGGCAUCGUAUGAGUCUGAGAUUUCGAGACUCAAAGAGGAAACCGAACGCCAUAUUGCCGCUGCGCAGUUCCAUCAAGAAGAUCUUAAGGCGCAAGCGGAAAUUGCUCAGCAUGCUCAACAGAAUUAUGAAAAUGAACUGCUCAAGCACGCUGAAGCGGCAAAGCAGUUGCAGUCGGUUCGUGCCGAGGCCAAUCAGCUGCGGCUCGAAAUCGUUGAUUUGAGAACGCAAGCUGAAAACUCGAGAAAAGAUCUUGCUCAGAAGGAGGAGAGCUGGAACGAGCUGAAGGAUCGUUACGAGAGAGAGAUUUCGGACCUUCAGAAGCGGCGGGAGGAGGUCCUCCACCAAAACUCGUUGCUCCACUCUCAACUCGAAAAUAUUACGAAACAGAUCUCUUCUCUUCAGAGAGACCGUGCCAACAUAGCCGAGAGUGAACUGGAGUCUGAGAGCACAAGCUUGAGCCUGGAGAGCCUUCAGGAGGUUAUUAAAUUUUUGCGUAGGGAGAAAGAGAUUGUCGAAGUACAAUAUCAUCUCUCUACUCAAGAAAGCAAGCGACUCCGCCAGCAACUUGACUACACACAGUCGCAGCUUGAUGAAACACGUCUGAAACUGGAACAGCAGCGUCGUGCGGCUGCUGACAGUGAACAUCAAGCUCUGAGCCAUAACAAGCUCAUGGAGACACUUAAUGAGCUUAAUCUUUUCCGAGAGAGCAGUGUUACGCUUCGGAACCAGGCUAAACAAGCCGAAGCAGCACUCGCAGAAAAAUCUGCCCGUGUCGAGGAGCUUUCUCGGCAGAUUGAGCCACUUGAGACACGGAUCCGCGAGCUUGAAAACCUGGUUGAGACGAAGGACGAGGAGAUGAGGCUUCUUCAGACAGACCGGGAUCGAUGGCAACAACGGACAGAAAACAUCUUGCAAAAGUAUGAUCGCGUCGAUCCCGCAGAGAUGGAAGCUCUCAAAGAAAAGCUGGCGACGCUCGAGAAGGAACGGGAUGAAGCUAUUUCAGCUCGCGAUGCUCUGCAAGCCCAAGCAGCAGCAUUCCCAGAUCAACUCAAGCAAGCCGAGGAUCGUACCCAGGAACUUCGUGCCAAGUUAACUGAGCAGUUCAAGGCGAGGUCAAAAGAGCUUACUGGUCGUAUCAACGCCAAGCAGGCGGAAUUGAAUGCUGUUCUUCAGGAGAAAGAUGUUAUUCAAGAAGAACUAAGGGCCACGCGUGAAGAGCUCAACCAGCUGAAGCUGAAAUCAGCAGAGAGACCGGCGCCAUCCGCUCCAGGUGAGGAGCGAAAGGAGGCAGAACCUGCUCCUGUCUCUCAACCCCCUGCUCAACCUGCUCAGCCAUCGGCACCAGGUGAUGGAGAGAAGAUCAAGGCGCUGGAAGAAAAGAUUCAGCGUUUGGAAGCCGCAUUGGCGGAGAAAGACGCACAAUUCGAAGCUAAGGUCAAGGAACGAUCCGAUAAGAUGAAGGAAACCUUCAACGCCAAAGUGGCCGAAAUCCGAAAUGCCCACAGGCAAGAGAUCGAAAAACUCAAGGCCCAACAACAGCAACAAGCUGCAGAUGCUCCAAAGGAGACUCCUGAGACGCCAUCGAAGAAGGUGGAGGGAGAACUCCCGCAGCUCACCGACGCCCAAGCAAGAGAGCUUGUGGCGAAGAACGAGACAAUCCGAAGCAUUAUUCGAAACAACAUUAGAACUCAGCUUGCAAGGGAGAAGGAGAGAGAGAGGCAGGAAGCCCAGAAUCAGGCACCGGCUGCAGGCCCAAGUGCAGAAGCCAUAGCUGAGCUUGAGAGGAAGUUCAACGCAGAGAAAGAAGCUCUGAAGAAGGCAUACGAGGAGGGAACGGAGGAGAAGGUUAAAUCCGCUGUUGAACUGGCGGACAAGAAGUCACUGGCCAAGAUUAGCAUGCUGGAUUCGCGAUUCAGAACGGCGCAGGCGAAACUCGAAGUGGUCCAGAAGGCGGCAGCUGAGACUCCACAGAAACCUGUUGUCGAAGUUUGGGAGGUCGCUAAGUCUGCCAGACCUGCACCGCAGACCCCGGCUCCUAAACCUGCACCACAGGGUGGACAGGCCACUGCCCCAACUCCCACAGCAGGACAGCAGCCAACCCCGACCGCUGUGCAAUCGCCGGCACCAGCGCCAGCUUCUGGUGUCGAAGCGGAAGCUAAGCCUCCGUCUCCAGCAGCCGAAGCAGCCCAAGCUACUCCUGCUGCUCCUGCACAGCAACCUUCGGAAUCUGCGUCUCAGCCACAGGAAAACGCCCAGGCGCAGCAGCAGCAGCAGCAGCAGCAGCAGCAGCCUGCACCAGCGUCUACAAACCAGAACAAUCAGCCUCCAAACCCAUUUGCACAAAUUAAACAGCAAAACCAGCAGCCAUCGUCGUUGCCGAACAAGCCUCCAGUGUCAACCGGAGUGGGUAACCAUCCCAACGCUGGAACUGGUCCAAGCGCCGCCUUGAGGGCACUUCAGUCGGGGCUACCAGUUGCUCGUGGUAGAGGAGGUGGUGGCCGCGGUGCUGCGCCGCAACAUAAUCCCUUUGGGCCUCAACCCACCGAGCAACAACAGCAGCAACAGCAGCAACAGCAACAGCAACAACAAGAACAACAAUCACAGGCUCAAGAGCGCGGUAGCUCGCUGCCUCGCCCUCGAGGUGGACGAGGCCAUGGACGGGGAGGUAACCAAAACGUGCAGCAAGGUACAAACUCGCCACAAGGCCAGGGGCAAGCCAGUCCUAGUAAUAGAGGUGGACUGAGUGGAUCAGCUCGUCAGUUCAUCCCGCAGGGGAACAAGCGGGCUAGAGAAGAUGGUGAAGCUGGUGGUGAAGGAGGAGCAAGCGGUGGAAAGAGAAUUCGAGGAGGCAGCAACAACAGGAGAUCAUAA